AUGGUGACCAAAAACUCGAUCGAAUUCGAUCCUUAUAUCGAGCGAAAAGCUUUCGACGAGACAAAAGAAGGAGUAAAAGGACUCGUGGGUGCUAAAAUCACCCAAGUACCUCGUAUCUUCCACGUCUCUCAAGGUUCCUUAACCGACAAGAACCCCUCUGUUUCAGACCUAGAGAUCCCUACCAUCGACUUUGCAAACGUCCACGUGGACAAGGCAUCACGUGAAGCCGUCGUGGAGAAAGUCAGAUACGCGGCGGAGAAGUGGGGAUUCUUCCAGGUGAUCAAUCAUGGUGUUCCUUUAAACGUUCUUGAAGAGAUGAAAGAUGGAGGUCUUAGGUUUCACGAGGAAGAUCCCGAGGUCAAGAAAUCGUAUUUCUCGCGCGAUUUCAACAAAAACAAAUUUGUAUACAAUAGUAAUUUCGAUCUAUAUAGUGCUUCUCCGUCUGUUAAUUGGAGAGAUGCUUUCUCUUGUUACAUGGCUCCAGAUCCUCCAUCUCCUGAGGACCUCCCAGUGACUUGCAGGGAUGCUAUGAUGGAAUUUUCAACACAUGUGAUGAGUUUAGGUGGUUUGCUCUUUGAGCUUCUCUCUGAAGCACUAGGUUUGAGAUCUGAUAUCCUUAAGAGUAUGGAUUGCUUAAAGACUGUGCUUAUGAUCUGCAAUUAUUACCCACCUUGUCCACAACCUGACCUAACUUUAGGGAUAAGUAAACACUCAGACAACUCUUUCCUCACGGUUCUUCUUCAAGACAACAUUGGUGGUCUCCAAAUUCUUCAUCAAGACUCUUGGGUUGAUGUCUCUCCUCUUCCUGGAGCUCUCGUCAUCAACAUCGGAGAUUUCUUGCAGCUGAUAACGAACGAUAAGUUUGUAAGCGUGGAGCAUAGAGUACUCGCGAAUAGAGAAGAGACAAGGAUUUCCAUAGCAUGCUUUUUCAGCUCAAGUGCACUUCCCAAUUCCACAGUUUAUGGUCCGAUGAAAGAGCUUGUGUCUGAAGAAAACCCUCCAAAAUACAGAGACAUAACCCUAACAGAGUAUACACAGGGAUAUUUUGCGAAAGGUCUCGAUGGAACAUCGCAUCUAUCGAAUUUCAGGAUAUGA